AUGUUCAUCAUCACAGCCAUCUUUGAUUUGAGUUUCGAAGAGUUACAUAUUGAUCGAAAUUCCAUAACUUUUAUUGGUAAUUAUAAAGGUUUAUCAAUUCUAGCUGGUGGUAUAGCGGGAAUUACAUUAAUACUGCUUGCUCUAAUAUGGAUUCUGUGUAAGAAAGGAAUCAAAGAAAGAUUUUCGACUGCAAGAGAAAUUACAGAUGUAUCAGAUGACUCACAGCCUGACGAAACCAGCUGUUUGAAGAUACCAAGGAAGGAAGUUUAUUCAGCUACAGACAAUCUCAAUGCAUCUAAUUUCAUUGGCCAAGGUGUAGCUGGGAAGGUAUAUAAAGGCGUACUGUCAAAUGGACAGCAUGUUGCAGUCAAACAUAUAAUCAAGGAUGGAUACAUAGAUACAUUCAUAAGGGAAGUUAGAAGUCUUUCCAAUGUCAGACAUCAAAAUCUUGUUGCUUUGCUUGGCUAUUGUGAGGAUAAAGAAGAAUGUUUCCUAGUCUAUGAGCUCUGCCAUAAUGGAAACCUUUCAGAGUGGCUAUUUGGUAAAGAUAAAUUUCUUCCAUGGAUUCAUAGACUUCAGAUUGCAAUUGACAGCGCUAAGGGUGUCUGUUUUCUGCAUAGUUAUCCAGAAGGCUGUAUAGUUCACCGUGAUAUCAAGCCAACAAACAUCCUCAUCAACGCUAAAUUUCAAGCAAAACUUUCAGACUUUGGGUUGUCUAAGGUCAUGGACUUGGAUCAAUCCUAUGUAAGUUCAGAAGUGAGGGGAACAUUUGGUUAUGUUGAUCCUGAAUACCGAAAAAAUCACCAUGUAAAUGCUUCAGGAGAUGUCUAUAGUUUUGGAAUGGCUAGAUUACUUGCAGACGGUAGGAAUAUAGAAGAAUUUGCUGAUCCCAAACUUAGCAGCGAAUACUCCAUGGAAGCGUUUGACCUUGUAUUCAAGCUAGCUUUGUCAUGUACAGGACUUAAACAACAAAGACCAUCCAUGGAACAAGUGGUACAAAAGCUAGAAAAGGCACUCAACAUCUCAACACAAUUCAACUAA